AUGGCAAAAAAGUCCCAGAUCGACGAGAAAAAGUCCCAGAUAAUUUCUCGACGAAAAUCCUUUGUUUUCUGCGACGAUCACGGAAUAUUUCGGACUCAUGAGAUUAAUACAUCUCUUCCGAGCAUCUUUGGACCGUUUCAACUGAUAGCAACGAAAUGUGGCGGGCAUGUUUUCCCAAAAACACUGGUAAAUUAAGCAUAUUGUUUACAGUCUUGUUCGCUACACGAAGCUAGAAAAAAGUUUCUUCGUAGUUGGGCAUGGGACGAUCACUGUACACUGUAUGUACACUAGUAUCAAAGGCUUCAUUUUCAUUGAAAAAAAUGGGCGUUGAUUUCCUAGUUACAGGGCUAUAGUGGGCUUAUUUUGCCUUUGUUGUUCGAAUCGUUGGUAGGAAAAUAUCACAAGAAUCAUUUACACGGUUUCGCGCGAAAAGCCAAAAAAAAAAACACUACAUGGCAUUUUCAGCUGUUUGAAUAUGCUUUUUGCUCUUUAUAAUAACCUAUUACCUUGAACUUGUACCUUGCAGCUCCCAGUUCAUGCAGAACAUUCUAAUAGUCUAUUUUAAAAUAGCACCAGUAACUCAUGUAAUAUUCGGGUGUCUUAGUUUUACCUGAUUUUUAAUGAUAUGACUAUCAUUCAGUCCUUUAUAUGAUUGCGACUUAGAGCGAUUUUACCUGACCCAUGAAACAUUCAAUAACAACUAGUGCAAAAUAUAGCUAAAAUAUAGCUAAAAUAAACAAAAGAAGACAAUAGAAUUAGUGCAUAAUAGUGCUUAGAAUUCUACUUCCUGUUUCACGCGUUAAGUAAAAUCACUCUGAAGGAGGUUGCAAUUUUAGAGAUGGGAAAAUUUUGGAUAGUUGACACUUAAUCUUAAUUUACCUGCCUGACAGGCAUAAUUUCUGAGCAGGGUAUUGUACAUCAAAUGUUUAGUUUUUUAUUAUAUAUUGUCUAUUUUUUACCUUCCUUUACAUUAAUUUUCAGAAAGUUUUAAAGGGGAUGAAAGGAGAGCACGUAAUAGACGACACUGGGGAUGCAAAGGAUACAGGAGCAAAAGGAAAAUGUAAUUCAGCUGAAGAAAACUUGAAAUGA